AUGAGUGCUACUCAGAAAGGGAAGAAGCAGAAAGGUGAGGAUCUAUCAAAUGAAGAUGAUGCCUAUGGCGCUAUCUUUGAAGGUGAGUUUGGGACUUUAGAGAUUGGAAACUACAUUGGCCAGGGUGAAGAAACAGAGACGAAACAUUUGCCCGAUGCGAUAGACUUUGAGGAUGAGGAUGAGUUAGCCGAUGAAGAGCUACCUGACGAAGAAAUAUCUAGACCAGGUCGUUCGAUUACUACAGGAUUGGAGGAUGGAGGUCUUGCCAUGAGUGGGAAUACUGGUCACGACCAUGUGAACGAUUUUAUGGGCCGCGAUAUGCCUGGAGCGGAUUACGAUGGAGGUAAUAAUGCCCUAUUUAUGGGGAUGGAAAGUGGUCAGGGCGUAUAUAUGGAACGAAACCACUCAUUCGGAGCCUAUAACGCCGCAGAAACGCAACAACAACAACAACAGCAAGAGAAAUUACAAAUAGAACAGCAGAAAUUACGACAGCAGCAGCGGCUUUUGAAAGAGGCAGAGAGGAAGGCAAAGGAGGACAAAUCUUUGUUGCGGAGCUACUUCCCAGAUUUUAAGAAAGGGAAAGUCCUGAAGUGGAAUAGACUGUUGUAUAGGAGAGCUGGAAAAUAUGCCUGGGCUUUUGAAAAUAGUACAACUAGGAAGAAUCUCGAUCCACUGAUACCGUUGGACUUAAAUCUGCGCGUCCAGCCAGAUCAAAAAAGAUUGUUUAACACUAAGGACAACGUAUGGAAAUCCUCAUCAUCUCUGGUGCCCUCAAAUUCUAACCGGCGACAACGUCGUGGUAUCGUUACGGUUACGCUGGAUGAGAUUUAUCCAGAAGUGCAUCACGAAGAGAAAAAAGAUCAUCAUACGCAUGAAAUAUCUGAAGAAUUAUUGAUCGCUACUGAUGAUUGGGACCAAGAGCGUAUAAUCAAUGAAGGAGCAGUAUCAACCAAAAAUCAGGCUAACCUUACGCAAUAUCCAUUGAAGGAGGACGACCAAGAUUGGGAUUGGGAUGAGGAUGAUCUUGUGGAUGCCAAAUUGAACGACAAUCGGGCUAGGUUGGAUAUGAAUGAUGAACAGCUGUUGCUCAUAAAGGAAACUACAACAAGGAAGAGCGAGAGUGCCAAAGCCAAUCUUUUGCCCUUGAAUGAAAAGGGUCUGGUACAAAAGUUCAAUAUUUCAAACGAUGUCGAAUAUAAUGUGCUUAGACGCAAUCAUCAAACGAAGGUACGUGCGACUAUUUCCAAUCUCAAUAUCGAUCAUUCACAGCCAGCUAUUCGUCUUCAGUCUCCUUACUAUAAGGUCAAUAUGCCCAAGAGAGAUUUAAGGCACUUCCACAGACCAAAUUUCGGUAAGAGCAUAAGACCUGGAACAAAUAUUGUGUUCAGCAAGCUGAAAGUACGGAAGAGGAAACGUGAUAAGGGAAAGGAGGUCAAGGAGUCGUUUUCUUCUACACAGGAUCUGACAGUUGGAGAUACAGCACCGGUUUUCCUCUUAGAGUAUACUGAACAGACACCGAUAGUAUUGUCAAAAUUCGGUAUGGCCAAUAAGCUAAUCAACUAUUAUAGAAAGAUGAACGAGCAAGAUGCGUCGCGUCCUAAAUUGCCAGUGGGUGAAACUCACGUCCUAGGUGUGCAGGAUAAAUCACCAUUUUGGAACUUUGGUUUUGUCGAACCCGGUCACAUAGUACCGACACUGUACAACAAUAUGGUUCGUGCCCCAGUUUUCAAGCAUGAUGUUUCUGGCACUGAUUUUCUACUGGUUAGAAGCUCAGGAAAUGGGGUUAGUAACCGGUUUUACCUGAGACCUAUCAAUCAUUUAUUUGCUGUAGGUCAAACUUUCCCAGUGGAAGAAGUCCCAGGUCCGAACUCGAGAAAAGUUACUUCAAUGAGGACGACAAGAUUGCGAAUGGUUGUUUACCGUAUACUGAACAGAACUCCUUCACAGGCCAUAUCAAUCGAGCCCAUAGCAAGACAUUUCCCCGAUCAAGAUUAUGGACAGAACAGACAAAAAAUAAAGGAAUUCAUGAAAUAUCAACGAGAAGGUUCUGACAAAGGGUUGUGGAAGCUAAAAGAUGGAGAACCGCUACUUGAUAACGAAAAUGCCAAAAAGCUAAUAUCGCCAGAACAAGUAUCAGAAGUUGAGUCAAUGAAUCAAGGUUUGCAAUUCCAAGAAGACAGCGAGUUUUUCAACUUUGAUGAGAAACUUUUAAAAUUAGAAGAGAACUUGCUUCCCUGGAAUGCAACCAAGAAUUUCGUUAAUGCAACCCAAAUGCGUGCAAUGAUACAAAUACACGGCGCUGGUGAUCCUACUGGUUGUGGUGAAGGGUUUUCAUUUUUGAAGACAUCGAUGAAAGGUGGUUUUCUCAAAUCUGGGAAUGAAAAUGCUAAGGAUAAAAGCUCCGGUGGUCAUAGUUACAACGUUGCAGAACAACAAAGGGCAUAUGAGGAGGAGAUAAGCAAGACAUGGUAUACACACGCAAAGAGUUUAAGUAUUACAAAUCCCUUUGAAGAAAUUGAAGAUCCUGAUGAAAUUAACCCAACGAAUCGCCAUGUCUUAACGAAUAGAAGUGAUGGGAAAGUUUUGAGAAUUGUGCGCAAGAAAAGGGAUGAAAAUGGCAUCAUUCAAAGACAGACAGUUGUGAUCAGAGAUCCUCGUGUGAUCAAAGGUUACUUGAGAAGUAAAGAGAAGAGAAGAGAAGCCAACUUGGACGUUGAAAAACUACUUGAUGAAGAAAGCACAGCGGUCAAUAACGUCGAGGAUAUUGAGAUGCAAAAGAAGCUGCUACAAAGUGAAUUGGCAAGUUUGGAAAAAUCUCAACAAAGAAGGGCUGCUCGUCAAGUUACAAAAAGUAAAUCUGACGGCAAGGUUGCCAAGAGCAAGAACACAACAAGAAGAUGUGCCAGAUGCGGACAGGUUGGCCACAUAAGGACUAAGAAAUCCUGUCCGAUGUACGAUGGUACUCUCGGUUCAAGUCAAGGAAAUAAUAUUGGGGAGGAUGGCACGCCAGCUGCACCAGAGGUUCCGAUAGCAUCACCGCAGGAAACAAGCCAGUGA